UUCUGUCUUUGCGGAAGCUGGCGGCGGGGAGUCAAGUAGUAAGUGAACAAAACGCAGGAUUACAAACGGUUGGCUACCAUAAAUAAAGGAUACUGAGAAACAUCAAACAACUAAAUAGCCGGUUUAGUCAUUUUUGAGACGAUCUCACCUGGCAAUGGCGGAUCAAGUCUACAAUGCGACAACUGUGCAGGAACCAACAAAAAAAUGUUUCGUUAUCCCAACGGAGCAUUUGUCUAUGGUCCGAUGGGUAAUAAAAGUAGCUGAAGUGAUCCUGUCCUUCUUGGCGUUCAUCCUGGAGGAGGUGGUGACUAGCUGCAUGUCCUGCUCGCCGCUCUACUUUUUCGAGUUUGUCAGCUGCACGGCCUUUCUUUUCACCACCCUGCUGCUCAUCCUCCUCUCCACCACACUGCACCGCAAAGUGGGAAUCGAGAGCUGGUCCACUGUGGACUUUGUGUACACAGGUGCCAUUGCUUUUUUCUUUUUCAUCUCAACCAUCGUCUUCAUUGCGGAUAAUGGAGGAACCCCGCUGGAGAAAGCAGCUGUGGUCUUUGGUUUCCUGGCAACCUUUGCUUUUAUAGUGGACAUUGGGAUGUUUGUGAAGAAUAAAGGUAUCCCGUUUCUCAAGAAGAGUCCACAGACACCCAGCACAGCUCAGAACGCAGAGGAGGAAAAACUCCGCUCCAAUGGAGCUGAAUAAGUGCUGGAGCCUGCCGCCUCCUACUCGGACCUUCCUCUCAAGGAACUGGGAAACCAUGUUCUUUCUGUGCUUGAGAUCUCAUUCACAAUGUUGUUUCCAGAGUCACCUGGGGAACCAGAAGGAAGACAAUUUUAACCUUCUGUUCUGCUUUUGACCUCUGUUCUGGUAGGUCAUCAUUUGUAGUCUGUCUUUAGACACAAGUGCUAGGACUGAUGAUUUUUUAAUCUGUUGGCUAUCUGAGUAACUAGAGACAGGACGGUUCAGUAGAUGUGAUUUCCUGUAUUUUUUGGCGUGUUGGCAGGUGUACCAACAAGUGUAUAUUUGCUUAAAUCUUUAUUUGUAUAUUGUAGACAGAAAUGAGCAAUAGCAUGGCAGGUUUUGCAUUCUGAAAAAGGCUCAUUCGGCCGUUAUUUGAACUUCAAUUCUGUCCAAUCUGUCCAAAAAAGAUACUUCCUCGUGCUUAGAUAUCACUGUGGAAACAGAACUGUAUGAAAACAGUCAUCUAAAUUAUUGUGUUUAAUUAUUGUUGAACCUGUUUUAUUUUCUGCAGGAAAACAUAAUUUAAGGCAUCUAUUAUGAUUUUUUUGUUUAACCUUACUAAAUUAAUUUAUAAAAAUUUUUAAUUGAAUGAAUCUUGAAAUUACUUUUGCUAUUUAUUAUGAACACAUUCAGAACAAGAUUUCAGAGUUAAACAGGGUGCAGCCUUGUUUGGGAUCAUUGACACCCUAUGGCUUUGAAUAUAAUUUUUUAUAGUUGUAUAAUAAUCAAUUAGUUUAAAAAUCAUCAGAGCCUGUGUUGUAUUAUAAUAUUUUUUUAUCAGAGCCAUCAGUAACAGUAAUGUGAGACCUUUCCCUUUGGAUAAAGUUGUAGUCAAUGUAAUAAGGACUGCAAACACCACAAGCCUUACUUCGUUUUAUGAGGUCAAAGUUCAGUGAUUGGAAUAAUUUGGCUAAAUGCCAUUUCAUUUCCUCAUUACUUAAAAAAGGCUUUUCACCUUAUUGUAUACAUUCCAGCACGUAAGCAGUCUAAAUACAAUGACAAGCGCUUAUUCUUGCAAUCCACACCAACAUUACAAGUGCCUUUGUCCUGUUUUUUAUUGGUAAUAGCUUUGAAAAUAAUCAUAAUAGUAUGAAUGACAAUGGAAAUAAUGUUAAUAGCAGAAAAGGUAGAUUUCAUGUGCCAUAUGCAUUUAUAGGGUCGGUCAAUGAUUGUGUAAUUGCAGUUUUGUCAAUUCGCUGCUUAGUUCUUAAUAUUUACUAACAGAUUAUGGCCAGAUUGGAAUUCAGGUCUGCUUGCAAACUAUGUCAACGCUUACAUCAAAUCUUUUUGUCAGUUAUAUUGAGGAGUUUGGAUCAGGAUGAUAUAAAUUUAUUUUAAUAUUACACGUGUUGCUGAAGGGCAAUCAUUAAAAAUGAAUAAUAAAAAAAAGUUUUUCUUUUGCAGUAAGGGAUUGGUAGGUUUUUGUAUCUGUGUCAGAGAAAUAUUUUUGACACAUUAGUGUGUGUGUGUGUGUGUGUGUGUGUAUGAGAGAGAGAGAGAAUUGGGUAAUUCGACACUUUUUCACUCAUAGUUAAAUAGCAGUAAGUGAAUAUGUGUGCUUUUUAAACAAAGCCUUUGUUUUGCUAGGAAGCUAGGAAGCAAUUCAAUAAAUGUGUUGUUCAAAAGGUAGGAAAACUCGCCCUCUAUGGCCCUGAUGCAUUGCAGUUCAAGGAUCAUUGAUUACACUUACAGGAAUUUGCUGGUAAAAUAUCCAGAACAUUGCUUUGAGGGAAACAAUUUGCCCUGCAUUGUAAAACAUUUGUGGUGCCUUAAAAUUCUGUAUUCAAGACAUGGCUGUAGCUUUUCAUAUCUAUAAUGGUGUGGUCUUUGUGUAUAAUGCCUAGAAAUACUAUGGACUGCAAACAAAUGUCUAAUAUAGGAGUGCUGGCCCAACCAAUAAAAGUGGGGUCAUAGCACCCUCUUGUGGUUGAAGGUAUAUUUGCUUUGAUCUUUUGAUCAGACUUCAGGUCUGGUCCACUGAACCUUUUGAAGUGUUUCUUGUUGAAUGAUUGUGGGCAAAUGUGUUGUAUUUACUUGCAAUCUGUAGUCUACAUAUUUUCAAUUAAAUUUUUUUUCCAGCAUUGGUGAAUUUAGUCAGUUCCACUGAAAGCAAAUGCUCCUGAUAUCCAUCAGCAAUGAGACCAUUACUUGCUUUGUUGUGAUUCUAAUCUGAAUAAUGUCUUUUUAACUGCUUAACAUACAGCUUACAAAUAUGUACCAGGUCUGCCCAAUAAUAAAUAUUCUUGCAUAAAGGGGCAAAGACCAGUGUUCUGUAGAAUUCCGUAACAGAAAUGGGAAGCUGUGAAUAGUAAUGUAUCUCCUUUGUGUUUAUGUAAUAUCUUGUUACAUCUCAGCCUCAAAAGAGAUUAAAUGUACAGCUGUCAAGACAUCAUGGGCUAUCAACAAAGCUGAAAGUAAAAAUAUGGUACUCACAAACAGAUAACACGUCCAACCCCUCCCAUCUUUGGGCACUAUCUACAAUGAAUUCUCUGUACAUAUGUCUCAGUCCUCAACAGGCUUUGCUGAUUUGACUUCAGGGUUAAAUGGUUAUAUAUACUCUACCUUAGCAAAAUCACAAUUAUGCUCUUUUGUUUAACACCAACUGACUGUACCAAGCUAUUUAAUUCACUUACUUCGCUUUUCAGGUAGUUCCAAGUGAUGUCUUGACAGUUGAGGACCAGAGUGUCAGGUUUCCAAACUGGCACUUAAUGCUUUUCCACUGUAGAGCAGGAACGAGGCUAGCAGAAGCUGGAGGCAAAGCGUGCUGACCCACAUCAUACAUCUCCAUUGAUUUACCCACAAGCAGAGCACAUGAUGUUGAAAAAGCACAAGGUUCAACUUCUCAGUAUGCUUUUCCCUCCCUUCCUUAAGCAUCUACACAGUCUCUGAUAGAUGAACACUAAUGCAAUAGACUUUCACGCAAUAUCCAAAAUUCAACUGUAAUAACCAUAGCACUAGCAAUAAUAACAAGUAAAGCCAAUACUGGUUUGCAUCACAUAGUAGAUCAUAGAAAAUCAUGCCUGGUAAAAGCUCCACAGUGGUAAAGGCAUCCUCAGUUCGGUUUAUUUUUCUUUUAAAGAUCUUGGAAAACAUGCUAGAUUGAGGUCAUCCCAGACUAGGUUGGUAGCCCUGAGCUGAGGUGUUUUGCUAAUUCAGAUGAGGAGCAUACUGUAAGUAUACACAUUGUGAUUGUUGGAAAUGGAAGUUGCAGGAGGAUGCUCCAGUGAGGACAGUAAUGGUGAUAGGAACCUUUGUGGCAUAGACAUCUAAACGUAAACAUGGACCUUUUUUGUAAUAUGUGUGUGAUAUUAAAUGUAUGGGCCUAAGUUUUAAAUGACUAUCUAGUGCUUUCAUAACAUUUCAGACAUACUGUAACUUUUUUUAUGUCCACACUAUCACCUGUAUAUUUUGUAAUCUGUUUUUAACCUGUUGUCAUGCCUUUAUCAUGCUAACAAUAAACAGAAUAGUCUGG